UUUUCAAGGUUAUCUAUGCAUCAAGGCUUGCAAGCAUUGAGGCAUUAUACUUUGAAAUGAGAGCAAUGAGAGAAUUCAAACAUGAAGAACUAGUGGAAGCUACCCAUAACUACUCAAAGUCUCAUCUCAUAGGCAAAGGAAGCCAUGGGUGCAUCUACAAAGCUACCCUGAAAAAUGGCCAAACAGUUGCUAUAAAAACACCAUCUUUAGGGCUUUGCAAGCUAAAAGACACCUCUAAGAUUGAAAAUGAAGCUCAUAUAUUGUCAUCCAUAUCUUCGAACCGGUUUCUAGUAAACUUGCUUGGAACGAGUCGCAAUUCUAGCGGACACAUGGUCCUUGUGAUGGAGCACAUGCCCGGGGGCAUGCUUCAUGACUUACUACACUUGACCACCACUGGCUCGUCCCCACCACCAUCGUGGCGCAAACGAGCCAAAAUGGCUUUACAAAUAGCCCGUGCAGUACAAUUCCUUCAUGAAUCAAUGCCUUUGAUCAUCCACCGAGAUAUCAAAUCCGAGAACAUAUUGUUUGACUCAAAGUCAAAUGCUCGGUUGGCUGAUUUUGGACUGGCGAUGUGUUUUACCAGUUAUGACCCUCUAAGUCAACUAGUUGUUGACUCAGUGAGCUUACCAGCGGGUACCAUUGGAUACUUGGAUCCUAGUUACACAACCCCGUGUAAGCUAAGCACUAAAAUCGACGUGUUUAGUUUUGGGGUAGUGUUGCUGGAGAUUGUUAGUGGCACAAAAGCGAUUGACGUUUCUAGGGCUCCUGCUUCAAUAGUGGAAUGGUCAAUACGCUUUAUGGAAGAAAAUCGAAUAAUGGAAAUAUGUGACAAAAGGGUCGAUAUGCCACGACACAUGAAGCGUGCUAUAGGACAUAUGCUAGUUUUAGCGAUACAAUGUGUAUCGUCCGAUAAGGAAUCACGUCCAUCGAUGACAGAAGUUGUUACCAAAAUGGAAAGUUUUACAUUUUCGAUAUGGCAGGACUUGAUAGAAAGUCUAUUUAACUUAAAGUGUCGAUGAAAAGAUCGGUUUAAAUACGUUCAACAUCACCCCUCUGAUUCGUGGUGUCACAAACGGAAGUUCUUGCUAAGAGAGUAUUAGCAGGUGAUCUUUUAUUGAACUAAUAUGAAUAUAUUAAUUGUUUGCAACAUUUUUUUUGAACCCACCGAGUCAACUCAAUACAACUCAUUUUCAAGUUUAACUCCUUCAAACUGUUGAGCAAAAUUACCCUUGGGGUAGAUAGCCGAUAGGGUAUUAUAUUUGAUUAAUCUUUUUAGUAAAACAUGAAAUAAUAGUUCA